AUGCCUGCAGCUGAUACUAGAAGCGAGGAGGGUUCCAGCGGACUCCCCGAUUUUGGCGACACUAUCGAUGUCGCAACCUUUGAGCAGAUCCUCGAGAUGGACGAUGACGAGGAGGAGAGAGAGUUCAGCAAGAGCAUCGUCUUCGACUUCUUCCAGCAAGCCGACAGCACAUUCGACAAGAUGGACGAUUACCUUGAGAAGAAGGACCUUGCCCAACUCAGCGCCCUCGGCCACUUCCUCAAGGGUAGCAGCGCAACACUCGGCAUGACAAAGGUCAAGGAGAGCUGCGAAAAGAUCCAGCACUACGGCGCACACAAGGACGAGACGGGCACACGCGACGAGCCCGACGAUGAGGUCUGCCUCAAGAACCUCAAGGCCGUCAUCGCACAAGCAAAGCAAGAGUUCAAGGUUGUCGAGCGCCAGCUGAGGAAAUUCUACCACGACGACGAGUAG